AUGUUGAGUUCGUGUGAGAUCGAGGCUCAUGAUGUUCCAUUCCGUGGAGUAGUGUAUCAAGAAGAAGAGUCUUCAAGGGGACUUGAUUUUGUUGGUCCCAUAACACCUAAGUCACCAGCAAGACAUUCUUAUAUCCUUGCAAUCACAUAUUACUUUUCAAGGUGGGUUAAGGCUAUUGCGCUUAAAGAAGCCAAGAAAGAAAAUGUGGUAGACUUUAUUCAAACUACCAUCAACUACUGGUACAGUAUUCCUCAUCGAAUAGUGACGGAUAAUGGAAGACAAUUUUUCAAUAGCUUGAUGGACAAGUUAUGCAAAAAAUUCAAGUUCAAGCAAUACAAGUCAUCCAUAUACAAUGUCGUUGCAAAUGGAUUGGCAGAAGAAUUUAACAAAACGUUGUGCAACCUACUGAAGAAAAUUGUCUCUAAGUCGAAGAGAGAUUGGCAAGAGAAGAUUGGAGAGGCAUUAUGGGCUUAUCAAACCACUCACCAUACUUCUAUAGAAGUUACACUAUAUUCUCUUGUUUAUGGAAUAGAAGUUGUCCUCCCAUUGGAAAGAGAAGUUCCAUCACUAAGGAUAACGAUGCUAGAGGGGUUCACUACGGAGGACAAUGUCAAGUUGCACCUUUAA